AUGGCACCGCCGAAUCCUCUGCGACGCGCGACGCGUCCUCGAACGCGUUCCGGCUCAACGAGACCACGAACGCCAGCGCUUGACGAGCACAGCGAAGAUGAUGCACCUGAUUCGGCAGCGCGGCAGCUUGUCGAGACGAUGAAUGAGAUGAGCGGAAAAAGGACUACAACCACGAGGCGAUCGAUGCGGGUCCGUGGGGAAGACCCCGUCUCCACACCCGAACUACAACCACAAGUAAGAGAGAGACGACGCCGUGCCAGCACAACAGGCUUGCCUGAAGUUGGUGAGCGACCGAGUGAGGCUCGGCGGGUGCGAGAGCCCGACGCCACGCAGAGUGCAGCCUCAACGCCAGGUGAAGGCAGGCCUGCCAUCACGCGGACAGGAGCUCCCGGUCGUCCGCCGAAGAACAAGAGUCCUGCUAAACUGAAGCGGCGAACUACUGGUCCCUCUAUUCCUAAGCCGAGGCGCGAACAAGAUGUGUACGAUUGGGAAGUGGAAGAAGAAGUCGAGCAAGAUCCCCCUGUCGCGCCAGCCUCCGAAGAUGAUGAUGUCCCCAGAGGUACGGCUGCGCCAGCGCCAGCGAAAGUGCGACAGCUCGGGAGGAAGAAAGCCGUCGAUCGAUCGCCAUUGAAAGGUCAAGGGGUGGUCAAUACCGAUGUGCCAGGCGUGAAUCUCAGUAACAACGAGUCACCUGUCCGAACACAACGACGGCAGCCACGAAAGGCAUCGGCUCAGCCGCGGGACCCUCGUGCUGGCGCAGCGGCUUCACAUUCUAUCGACGACCGCCAAGUAGCAGAGCACGACGUUGGUGAGACGUCCGACCAGGAAGUCGAUGACGACGAGCAAAAGGAUGAGCAGGCCAGGAUCAACGGGCACGAAGACGUCGGCGACGAGGCCACCGACCGACUACCUCUCAUCCGUGGAAUGGAGACCGAGGCCCAUUUACACGGCUGCCAGGAGUAUUGGAUCGAUUUAUUCCUUGCCGAGCAAAAGUUUCGACCAUCCCGAGCCGACCGUCCCAGUUCUGCAGUUGCCAAAGACAUGUAUGAAAGUAUCGUCGAGUUAUGGCUGCAGGUGAAAGAGCGCCGCUUCGAUGCUGCUGCGGUGACAAAAACCAUUGAGACGUUGGAAGUUAAGCUGCGUGAGAUCCGGGAAGUUGGCAGCAUGCCCAGCGAGUCGGGAGUACGCCAGAAUACGCGAAGAGAGUCGCAGAAACGAGUCGGCGAUCUCUAUCAGAUCAUCAUUCCACGACUUGUGCGGACUACGAAGUUCGUUCUCAGAGCUGUCCGACCAACUGAAGAUACAUCACUCCAUGACGCCAGGCCACUGAUGAGGCUUCUUGAGUUGACACGACGAACAGUCGAGAGAGCUCGAACUUGGCAACCGCGACCCUCGUCACUCGACGGAGAAAUGAUACUUUCUACCACGCACAGUUCAAUCGGAGGCAGCAUCAAAAGCAUCCUUCAUGAGUACAACUCCCACUACAAGGCUAUUGAGCGCCGACAAGAAGCGCAGCGAGCUCACCUUGCCGAACAGGAGCGCAUUCGAAGAAGCGAGGAGGUGACACGCGAGUACGAGCAGGCUCAGUAUCGCCGGAGGAAGCAACUGGAAGACAAAGCACGUGCACAGGUCAGAGAAGCGGCAAGAAAGAGGCAAGAAGAGGCGGAGCGUCUGGCCAGGAUCAGGGCAGAGCGGGACGCAAGGCGGGAGGCGCAGCGUGCAGCGGCAAGAUCAGCAACGGACAUGCGUGGCUUCUUCACCCAGUCCAUACCUCAGCCUCUUUCACGGCAGGCUGUGAUCGACAUUGACGAUCUCGACGAUAACGGCCACCUUCGUGCUUCGCCGCAGCAGACCUGGAGCAAUGGUGCAAGACCUGUACCUAGACAUUCUGGGACAGGCGUCCGUGCAGCCGUUGCGGAGUGGAGCAAAGACGAAAUGAGUGCCUUGAUUAUGGACCUACAGCGUGAGACUGGUGAGGACCGGUUCGCUAUAAUUGCGGAGAACCUCAAUCGACGAGUGUCUGAUGUGGUUGAGCGGGCGAUUCGGCUGAAGAUGGAAUUGACACCAAUGAUGGAGAGCUUGCCAAACGAAGAGUGGCGAUGGCUGACGAGCGUUCAUGCAUGA